AUGCCCGAGGAACCAUCGUUUACUCCAUACAUUCUUCCUCAGCAGUCCCCAGUGCCCGGACUCUCAUCGUACCCACCUUACGUACCUCCGACACCCGAACAGCCAUCUUACAAUCCCCAUGGGCCUCCCACACAGCCCUUACAACCUCACGGGAAGCCUCGGGAAGACGUUGUCUUCACUACGCCAGACUACGGAAAGCCUAGCGAAUAUCAACCGCCAGUAGAUCCGGAAGCACUGCCUGAGGCAACCCCUUCCGAGAAGGAAUGGGAGCGACAGAAGCAACAGGAGGGAGCCCAAAACAACCUCCUGGAUGUACUCAUGACCGAAGUGACUGGUCUGGAUCUUGUCAAGGCCCACUUCUUGCGGGUCAAGGGAAAGAUUGAUACUGCACAGCGGCAAGGAGUCCCGCUCCAGGGAGAGAGAUUUGAUGUUGCGAUUCUGGGCAAUCCAGGCACUGGAAAAACCACCGUUGCAAGGAUCUACGGUUACUUCUUAUCCACCAUUGGAGGAGUUGUGGCAACCGACAAUAUAGUCGACCUCACCGGUACCCAGCUGCUAGCCGCCGACGGUGCCGCAACCGCAACGGAUCUAAUCGACAACCUCGCGGAGGCCGGCGGCGGCAUCUUCUUCCUCGACGAUGUCCAAGUGCUCACCGACUGCCAGAGCGUCCCCGGACAAGCCUUUGGAGCCCACGUUCUCAACACCAUACUCGGACUGAUCGAGAAGUACAUCGGCACGAUCAUCUUCAUCUUCUCUGGUCAUAAAUCAGCGAUAGAGGAACAUGCUGGUCUGGCCAAUAAGGUGGCCUGCAAGUUGGUGCUGGAUGAUUUCACGGACGCCGAGCUCCUAUUAAUGCUGCGCCGGUCGAUCACGACGAGGUACAGUGGGAAAAUGGCGGUUGAGGGCGGCAUGGGUGGCCUUUAUAUGCGGGUUGCUAUUCGCCGUAUCGGGAGAAGUCGCGGCAGCCCUAGCUUCGGAAACGCAAGGGACCUCGAUAAGUUAUUCACGCGGAUGAUAGAGCGGCAAGAGGACCGCAUGACGCGCAUGCGCCAGGAAGGUCUCAGCCCGAAUGAUUUCUGGUUCUCUGCGGAAGACAUUAUCGGCCCGAACCCGUCCGAGGCCAUCCAAAAGAGCGUGGCAUGGAAGAAGUUGCAGGAAUUUGUUGGACUGACUGCCGUUAAGCAGUCUGUGAGAUCUAUGAUCGACAUGAUCGAGACGAAUUACCACAGGGAGUUGCAGGAGAAACCGCCGAUGGCUAUAUCGCUCAAUCGUGUAUUCUUAGGUUCGCCGGGAACGGGAAAGAGCUCUGUGGCGAAGCUGUAUGGUAAAAUAUUGGCAGACCUGGGGCUGCUUAGUAGUGGCGAAGUUCUCGUGAAGAACCCAGCAGACUUUGUCGGGGCAGUACUAGGAGAGACCGAGCAAAAGACGAAAGCAAUUCUGGCUGCGGCGGUCGGAAAAGUCCUCAUCAUCGAUGAAGCUUACAUGCUCUAUCCAGGUGGCAAAGGUGGCACCAUCGGCGGUGGGGACAGCGACAUCUACAAGAUGGCGGUGGUGGAUACUCUGGUCGCGGAAGUGCAAUCCACACCCGGCGAGGACAGAUGUGUCCUGCUCUUGGGAUACGAAGACAAAAUGCGCAACAUGUUCCAAAAUGUCAACCCAGGCCUCGCACGCCGCUUCGCAAUUGAAGACGCAUUCCGCUUCGAAGAGUUCACCGAAGCCGAGCUGCGCAAGAUCCUCGAGCUGAAGUUGCACGAGCAAGGUCUCCAUGCCACCGACGCCGCAAAAGACGUCGCCAGCGAGGUUCUGAACCGUGCUCGUAUGCGACCUAAUUUUGGAAACGCCGGCGAAGUCGAGAAUAUGCUGUCUCAAGCCAAAGUCCGCUACCAAAGCCGGAUCAGCAUGGUCCCACCGCACCUGCGGCCAAUGACGGGUGAUGUAGUCUUCGAACCCGUCGAUAUCGAUCUUGAGUUCGCCCGCGGCACCACCGCAGCUCUCAACUGCCGCACCCUCUUCUCCGACACCGUCGGUUGCGAAGGCAUCAUCUCCAAGCUAGAAGGCUACCUCCGCAUCGCAGCCAACGCCAAAACCGCGGGCAUCCCCCUCCACGAGCUGAUCCCCACCAAUUUUCUCUUCAAAGGCCCUCCUGGCACCGGUAAAACCAUGACCGCCCGCAAAAUGGGACAGGUAUACUACAACAUGGGCUUUCUUUCCUCACCAAACGUGAUCGAAUGCUCAGCCACCGACUUGAUCGGCCAAUACCUCGGGCAAACCGGGCCCAAAACCCAAAAACUCGUCGAAUCCGCGCGCGGCUCGGUGCUAUUCAUCGAUGAAGCCUACCGUCUAGCCGAAGGCGAGUACGCAGCCGAAGCUUUGAAUGAGCUAGUCGACAUCCUGACGAAGCCCUUGUUCCUCGGCAAGAUCGUCGUGAUCCUCGCAGGCUACGACGACGACAUCAACCGGCUCCUGUCGCGAAACUCGGGGCUGUCGUCCCGCUUCCCGGAGGAAAUCGCGUUCGCAAACAUGUCCCCCGCCGAGUGCGUCGAGGUCCUGGCCCGCGACGUCGAGACGAAAAAGAUUGCCGCCCCGUGGCUCCGCGAUACCGCCGCUCGAACGUAUAGGGACCUCGCGGAACAGAUCGUAUUGGUUAGUAGGCUGCCUGGCUGGGGGAACGCGAGGGAUAUGAAAACCCUCGCGAAGAACCUCGUCGGUACCGUGUAUAGAGAUAGUCCGGACCUGGUGCUGCGCCCGGAGACGGCGGUGCAGGCGGUAAGGACCAUGCUGGGCGAGCGCCAGGCGAGGGCGGAUAGUGUUGCUGCGGGCGGCGUGAAGGGUAUGGGCGCGGAUGGAAGGCGGGAAAAGAUGGGAGGAGGAGGAGGAGGAGGGGCGUCGGGAAUUAUGGCGUGGAGGCCGCAGGGGCUGUAG